CUGAUAUUUAUUGAUGGACUCAAAGGAAUCCUUAGGCUCCCCCAGUAGAGAAGAAAUCCCCAGCAGUGAGCUGGUUGGGGAGAGGGGAAAAGUGAUGGACUUCUACAAAACCCUAAGGGGAGGAGCUACUGUGAAGGUUUCUGCAUCUCCACCCUCACUGGCUGCUGCUCCUCUGUCAGACUCCAAGCAGCUACGACUUUUGGUUGAUUUUCCAAAAGGCUCAGGAAGCAAUGCGCAGCAGCCAGAUCUGUCCCAGGCAGUUUCACUCUCAAUGGGACUGUAUAUGGGAGAGACAGAAACAAAAGUGAUGGGAAAUGACCUGGGAUUCCCACAACCGGGCCAAAUCAGCCUUUCCUCUGGGGAGACAGACUUUCGGCUUCUGGAAGAAAGCAUCGCAAACCUCAGUAAGUCGACCAGUGUUCCAGAGAAUCCCAAGAGUUCAGCGUCUGCUACUGUUUCGGUUGCCCCCGAAGAGGAGUUUUCAAAAACACACACGGAUGCGUCUUCAGAACAGCAGAAUUUGAAGAGCCAGACCGGCACCAACGGUGGCAAUGUGAAGUUGUAUACCGCAGACCAAAGAGCCUUCGACAUUUUGCAGGAUUUGGAGUUUCCUUCUGGGUCCCCAGGUAAAGAGAUGAAUGAGAGCCCUUGGAGACCAGACCUCUUGAUAGAUGAAAACUGUUUGCUUUCUCCUUUGGGAGGAGAGGAGGAUCCAUUCCUUUUGGAAGGAAACUCCAAUGAGGACUGUAAGCCUCUCGUUUUACCAGAUACUAAACCUAAAAUUAAGGAUAAUGGAGAUCUGAUCUUACCAAGCCCCAGCAGUGUGACACUGCCCCAAGUGAAAACAGAAAAAGAAGAAGAUUUCAUCGAACUCUGCACUCCUGGAGUAAUUAAGCAGGAGAGACUGGGCCCAGUUUACUGUCAGGAAAGUUUUUCUGGGGCAAAUAUAAUUGGUAAUAAAAUGUCUGCCAUUUCUGUUCACGGUGUGAGUACCUCUGGGGGACAGAUGUACCACUAUGACAUGAAUACAGCAUCCCUUUCUCAACAGCAGGAUCAGAAACCUGUUUUUAAUGUCAUUCCACCAAUCCCUGUUGGUUCAGAAAAUUGGAAUAGGUGCCCAGGAUCUGGAGAUGACAACUUGACUUCCUUGGGAACUUUGAACUUCCCCGGGCGAUCGGUUUUUUCUAACGGCUAUUCAAGCCCUGGCAUGAGACCGGAUGUCAGCUCUCCUCCUGCAUCCAGCUCAGCAGCAUCGGGACCACCUCCCAAACUCUGCCUUGUGUGCUCUGACGAAGCGUCAGGAUGUCACUAUGGGGUCUUGACCUGUGGGAGCUGCAAAGUCUUCUUCAAAAGAGCAGUGGAAGGUAGACAGCACAAUUACCUUUGUGCUGGAAGAAAUGAUUGUAUCAUUGAUAAAAUUCGAAGAAAAAACUGCCCUGCGUGCCGCUAUCGAAAAUGUCUUCAAGCUGGAAUGAACCUGGAAGCUCGAAAAACAAAGAAAAAGAUAAAAGGAAUUCAGCAGGCCACUACCGGGGUCUCACAGGAAACUUCUGAAAAUUCUGCUAACAAGACAAUAGUUCCUGCAACAUUACCACAACUCACCCCUACCCUGGUGUCACUGCUGGAGGUCAUUGAGCCGGAGGUGCUGUAUGCAGGAUAUGAUUGUUCUUCCCCAGACUCUGCUUGGCGGAUCAUGACCACACUCAACAUGUUAGGUGGGCGACAGGUGAUCGCAGCAGUGAAAUGGGCAAAGGCAAUACCAGGAUUCAGGAACUUACACCUGGAUGACCAAAUGACCCUACUGCAAUAUUCAUGGAUGUUCCUCAUGGCAUUUGCCCUGGGCUGGAGAUCAUACAGACAAUCAAAUGCAAACAUGCUGUGUUUUGCUCCUGAUUUGGUUAUUAACGAGCAAAGGAUGUCUCUACCCUUCAUGUAUGACCAAUGUAAACACAUGCUAUAUGUUUCCUCUGAGUUACAAAGGCUUCAGGUAUCUUAUGAAGAAUAUCUCUGCAUGAAAACCUUACUGCUUCUCUCAUCAGUUCCUAAGGAAGGCUUGAAGAGCCAAGAGCUGUUUGAUGAGAUUAGAAUGACCUACAUCAAAGAGCUGGGGAAAGCCAUUGUCAAGAGGGAAGGGAACUCCAGUCAGAACUGGCAGCGGUUCUACCAACUGACAAAACUCUUGGACUCCAUGCAUGAGGUAGUUGAAAAUCUCCUUCACUAUUGCUUCCAAACAUUUUUGGAUAAAUCCAUGAGUAUUGAAUUCCCAGAGAUGUUAGCUGAAAUCAUCACCAAUCAGUUACCAAAAUAUUCAAGUGGAAAUAUCAAAAAACUUCUGUUUCAUCAAAAGUGACUGCCUUAAUCAGAAAGGUUGCCUUAAAGAAAGUUGACUUUAUAGCUUUUAUUGUACAAACUAUCGUUUAUCCUAUAGCGGUUAUGUUGUUUUAUUUUGCUUUUUUGUUUAUGUCUGGUGUUUGUUUUUGUCUUGUUUUAAACACGCACUACAUGUGGUUUAUAGAGGGCCAAGGCUUGGCGACAGAAGCAGUUGAGCCCUCGCUUUUCAGUGAUGGGAACAGUAGGAAGUGAUAGUUGGUGGAUCCCAGGAAUGAGAAACAAUGAGGGGGGGCCACCUCCCUGUCGGAGAAGGAUGGCACUCUAACCACCAGUGCCCAGUCUGCUCAGUGAACUUCCUGCUCAGACUUAUCACAGUUGGCUGGACAAAAUCUUCUAGACUUUUUGUUGGUGUAUUUGCCCUGUAUAGUUAGGAUAACAUUUUUUGAUUUAUGCAUGGAAACCUGAAAAAAAAAGUUUACAAGUGUAUAUCAGAAAAGGGAAGCUGUGCCUUUUAUAGCUAUUGCUGUCUGGUUUUAACAAUUUCCUUUAUAUUCAGUAAACUACGCUUGCUCAUUUUUCUUAAUUUUUGUAUUUGAGUUAUUGUACAGCUGUUUAAGAUGAUGGGCAACUAGUUCAUAGCUUUCCUAAAUAAACUCUAAACAUUAAUCUUCUGUGUGAAAAUGGGUUGGUGCUUCUAACCUGAUGGCACUUAGCUAUCAGAAGAUCACAAAAAUCGACUCAAAUCUCCAGUAUUCUUGUCAAAAAAAGCUCACAUUUUGUAUAUAUAUAUAUAUAUAUGCUUCAGUGGAGGAUUAUAGAGGUUGUGCAAAUUAACCACCCUAACUGGUAUCGAGCACCUACCUGGUCCAAACCUGCAGGGUAAACCAUAGAUGAUGGUUGCAAAAGACUAAUUAAAAAAAAAAAAAAAAACUACUAAGAGGCCCUGUCUGCACCUAACGCCCUAUCCCUGCAAUGGUUAACGGCAAGAACGCGAGUUUCCGGCCGUUCAGGACCUUCUGUUGUAGUUUGUAUAACUUCUUAAAAGUUAGGAUUCCAGAGAACCAGCGGAAACAAAGCUGAGGGAUUUUAAUCAGACCAAGCAAUUCCUCUCACUUUACCCAAAAAACGAAAUCUCUAAUGUGGCAGAAGUGGCUAGACACCCAUUUUCACAUUCCCAUCUGUCACAAUUGGUCUCCUUUCCUGGUGGCGCCGGGAAGCUCGGCGGCUGCUCCCUGUGACUUAGGCUGCGAGUCAGGCUCCCACGUGUGUAAGCCACACCCGCCCAUCCCCGUGUGCCAUGGAGUUUAACAAGUCUUGUGAAUUUUUUUCCUCGCUGUUGAGAAUUAAUCAUUUUAAACAGAAUAGAAGCUGUGGUAGCCCUUUCUGUGUGCACCUUACCACCUUUCUGUUAACUCAAAACUCAUACUUAUUAAGCCACAAGAAAUCCGAUUUCUAUUCAUGGUGGCCAAAUUAUUUGUGUAAUAGAAAACUGAAAAUCUAACAUUAACAAUAUGAAACUUCUAAUAUAUUUUUAUAUUUAGUUAUAGUUUCAGAUAUAUAUCAUAUUGGUAUUCACUAAUCUGGGAAGGGAAGGGCUACUGCAGCUUUACAUGCAAUUUAUUAAAAUGAUUGUAAAAUAGCUUGUAUAGUGUAAAAUAAGAAUGAUUUUUAGAUGAGAUUGUUUUAUCACGACAUGUUAUAUAUAUUUUUUGUAGGGGUCAGAGAAAUGUCGGUGGAUAACCUAUAUGAUUUAUAGUGUGUGCAAGCAUUCAUACAGGACAGGCAGCAGUGGUCCCAAACACCAAACGGGUUUGCUCCGGGGAAGAGAGAGAUGGAGACUGGUGCUGAGGCUCCGUCCCGCUCAGAUCUCAGAUCACAGAUCACAGAGGGAGUAACCCUCCGCCUCCCAGCAUGACCACCCUCUUGUUCCCGCGGUGAGUCUGGCAGGGCAGGUCUGGCUGACUCAGCCUCCUCUUGCGCUAACGCGUAGGAGCAGGAGCCAGCAAGGUGGUGCUCACACACGGACAGGCACCGUCUCAGAGCGGGGUUACUUUCACAGCAGCCUCGCCAACCGUGUCAUAAAAACAGAGGCUUGAGAAGUUGGGCAAUAAUACGCACAGAGGUACCAGCAAUAUGUAAAUAAUGCAGAAUCUCAUAGGUUGCCAGUAAUACACUAAUUCCUUUCUAUCCUACAAGAGUUCAUUUCCAAACAAAAUGAGGAUGUUUAUGUUUUCUUUGAAUGCUUUUUGAAUGUUAUUUGUUAUUUUUUCAGUAUUUUGGAGAAAUUAUUUAAUAAAAAAUGUAAUAAUUUGCUUUUUGAAUGCUCUCUAAAAGGGAAUGUUCCUUUUGUAAUGGUUUAAUUUGGUUCAAAGUAUUUUAAGUUGGUUUGUAACCCAGCUAGAUGUGAAAUUUUGGGUGCCUAAGAAAUACCACUUGAUUAUUAUUAUCAAUCACAGUGUUAAGAAUCAAAAAGAACUUCUGAAAGGUAACUUAUUCACUUAUAGAAUGUUAUAUGGUUAAAAUCAGAAAACACGUCAGACAUUAAUCAUAUUUUAGUCCCAGCAUCCUCGGCUCUUAAAAAAAUAAGAGGUCAGUGAAAAAAAUGAUAUGCUCACUUUGUUGUUAAAAAGAAAUCAACUGACAUUCAUAAAACUAUAGGAGGCUGUGCAUUAGAUGGAAAAUAAGCUGUGCCCUUUUUGAAUAUGUGGAAAGGAAGUUAUCUUAAUUAUGUUGUUCCUCUGAGUGUAAUUAUGGAUUUAAGUGAAAAAAAGGAGGUGCUAUUUGAAAGUAGCUUCAUUUUCGCUGUAUGUGGUAUCUUGCCAUCUGAAGCUCUUUAAGUUUGUAAUGUCAGUGAGAGUUGGUGACAGGCCUAGGUGACUCCCAACAAACCCUGAAAAGACUUUAAUUACUGGGAGAAGAAGAUGGCCCUCUUGGUGUUUUCAGGCCUUGCUGUGGGAUGCAAGUGCUUGUGGGGUGUAUGUACCCAAUUGUCUAAGACUAUGGGAGGGGAACCUAAAAGAGUACCUACCUUUUCCUGAAAAAGAAAAUGUCACCCCCAGGGAAACUAACAGGGUCAGGGUCUCUGGAGAGCUUGGUAGUUAGCACAGGAUGGAUUCUGGACAUGCAGAUAAAGGAGAGCCACAUGCUAACCUCACUUCAGAAUUGGGGCGGGGGCGGGGAGCCGUUCCAGUUUUACUUAUCUAUACGUCCUAUUAUCAUCGAGGCUUAUCAUUUUAGUUCUCUGUUAAAUACCCUAAAACUGCAUCUCCAUGGAAUGAGCAGUAUUAUUGCACUUUGAUCUGUCAGGAGUCUAGAACCAUGGCAGCCCUCAGUGGCCUUCGAACUCGGUCGGCCAUUCAGACAGUAGCUAUAGAUGAAUGUGUGCUUAUGUGCCUGGGUUGAGAGUUGAAAGGGAAAAUAAAUCAGAGUGAAAGGAGGACACUUGAACCACUUGGCAUGGAAGUUCAUCGUUUUCCUGACUAGUCCCCGUCAGCCUGGUCCAGCAGGAUUAGCGCCCAGGUCUUUGGGAAAGGGCCAGCUCCUCGCUAGGAAAUGGCUGGAAGAAGGAGUUUAUUUUCUGAUGAAAGGCUGUAUGAAAAGACCCUCCUCAAGUAACUUGCUUAACUACAUAUAGAUUCAAGUGUGUCAAUAUUCUAUUUUGUAUAUUAAACAAAUGCUAUAUAAUGGGGACAGAUCUAUAUUAUACUGUGUAUGGCAUAAUUAAGAAGCUUUUUCAUUAUUUUUUAUCACAGUAAUUUUAAAAUGUGUAAAAAUUAAAACCAGUGACUCCUGUUUAAAAAUAAAAGUUGUAGUUUUUUAUUCAUGCUGAAUAAUCUCUAGUAAAAAAAAAAAAGUCUUUUUAUCUACGCAGUGAAAUGUCAGACUGUAAAAUCUUGUGUGGAAAUGUUUAACUUUUAUUUUUCAUUUAAAUUUGCUGUUCUGGUAUUACCAAACCACACAUUUGUACUGAAUUGGCAGUAAAUGUUAGUUAGCCAUUUACAGCAAUGCCAAAUAUGGAGAAACAUCAUAAUAAAAAACCUGCUUUUUCAUUA